AUGGCGCCGCAGCGGAUCGCGCAGCUGCCUGAGGACCUGAGGUGCCGGGGUCAGGCCGCGUCGACCGACUGGGCGCGCAGCCGGUUGCGUGCCAAGCCUGCUCUGGAACACGCCCCGAAGAGCGCCGCGCUCGGAGGGCGUCACGAGACAGGCAGGCCGCAGGCGCGCAGCGAGGCGGCGGCACCAGCGUGCCCGGUCGCGCAGAGAAAGAGGAACGACGGCCUCGCCCAGCGGAUCUUCCGACAGCUCUACGAGGCCCCUGCCGGCGUGCCCCACAGGCACCCGCCGGACACGAUCUCGCCGGUCCACGCGGUGCUGGAGGUGCACCUGGCGGUGCUGGGGGCCCUGAAGCCCUCGAUGGAGGACCGCCUGCCCAAGGCCCUGGCCUCCUGGAUGAACAAAGUCGAGGGGCCGCAGCGCUACAACGUCCUCGCCGCCGCCGGGCUGCUGCGGUGCCGGCUCGUCGACGCCGCCGGCAUGGACCGCAUACUGGCCGGGUGGAUCGGGCGAGAGUCGGGGGCGUGCGCCUCGGAGCUGCCUGCGCGGGCGUGCGCGGAGGCCGCCAUGAACGCUCAGGCGGUCGACUUUGCUGUGAUGCUGCUACAGAGGGUGUGCAUCCUGCAGCAGUCUGCCGCGGGGUCGGAGUUUCCCGAGACCCUGGAGGUGCUGGCCGAACAGGUGCGCCUAGUCCUCCAGCAGCAGGCGGCGGCCGAGCAGCAGGCGAAGACCCUCGCCGACGGCAAGGCUGCCGCGGCGGCGCUCGGGCUGAAGCCCCCGGCCGCGCCGCAGGAGCCGCCGCGGCCGCCGCCGCAGGACCUGCACCUGGCCGAGGCUGCGGGCCAGCUGCUGGAGAGGCUGCGCGCGGAGGCGCCGCCGUCCGCGCCGUGUCAGGCCCUGGGCGAGCGUGUGGCCGCCCGGCUGGAGGAGGAGCAGCGCAAGCGCACGGCCGGUCACCAGGACGCCGCGGAGGCCAUCUCGAGGGAGGCCAUCGUCGCGGUGUUCGACGAGUGGCACAAGGUCUUCGACGCCUCCCCCGACGCUGGCGUGCAGGGGCAGGGCGGCCAGGCCGGCUGCAUGCAGCAGGUGCUGCAGAGGA